GAGAGCGCGUUUGGUUGAGUGGUCGGAAAGAAGGAAGCGGCCAUGGCGGUGGGGAAGCGACGCCUCCGAUCGUGCUCUUCUACCUCCUAGCGAGAGAGGCCGGUGAAGUUCGGGGCGCGGAAUGGCGGCCCACACGCGGCUGCGGCCGCUUCCCUUGUUGCUCCUGGUCAUUUUCAUUGCUCGGUUCGCAGCGCCCGAGCAGGAAGCUGCUCAGGAUCGAGAGCCGCUGCCGCAACAGGAGCAGCAGAAGCCGCCGCCGCCACAGCAGCCUGCGGUGCAAGGGCCGGAGUUCGCCCGGGCAGAGAAAGGGCCUUCUCCAGUUGCGGCUGUCCAUUCUGUCAGUGAAGACUCUCUAGAUAAGACUAACCUGGGAUUUAUCCAUGCAUUUGUGGCUGCCAUAUCGGUCAUCAUUGUCUCUGAACUUGGUGAUAAGACUUUCUUUAUUGCAGCCAUCAUGGCAAUGCGUUACAACCGCUUAACAGUGCUGGCUGGUGCUAUGCUUGCCUUGGGGCUGAUGACCUGUUUAUCAGUUUUAUUUGGCUAUGCGACUACAGUGAUUCCCAGGGUCUACACCUACUAUGUGUCAACAGCACUGUUUGCAAUUUUUGGUAUCCGAAUGCUUCGGGAAGGCUUGAAAAUGAGUGCAGAUGAGGGUCAGGAAGAACUAGAGGAAGUUCAAGCAGAACUCAAGAAGAAAGAUGAAGAACUCCAGAGAACAAAAUUGUUAAAUGGUCCUGGAGAUGUGGAAAUGGGAACAGGCCCCACCGUACCACAGAGAAAAUGGCUGCAUUUUAUUUCUCCAAUUUUUGUGCAAGCAUUCACUUUAACGUUCCUAGCUGAAUGGGGCGACCGCUCUCAGUUAACCACAAUAGUUCUGGCAGCAAGAGAGGAUCCAUAUGGUGUGGCUGUGGGUGGAACAGUUGGACAUAGCUUGUGUACUGGCCUAGCAGUAAUUGGAGGAAGAAUGAUAGCACAAAAAAUCUCAGUUCGGACUGUGACAAUCAUAGGAGGCAUUGUUUUCUUAGCAUUUGCGUUCUCUGCACUAUUUAUAAGCCCAGAUGCUGGUUUUUAAUGAGAUGUCUUUCCCUUUCCAUGAAGCUCUUAGGAGCAGCAGAACUACCCUUGUAUUUCUGUAUAUAAUGUACAGCUACUUGGUCAAACAAGCACUGAAGAUGGGAUGCUAUAACUUUUAUAGUAACAUUUAGUUUGGUAUACUUGGUGGACACAACCUGUGCUGAAGACUUACAUCCUCUAUAUAUUUGGAACAUGAAUUAUGUACAUUUUCUUACUAUAGCAGAUUCAGGUAAACUGAGGUCCACCUCCCGAAAUGUCACAGGGUUUGCUACUUUGAUUGCCACUAGACAUUGCUUUAAAAUCCCCUUUCUGGAUGAAUUGCUACCUGUGGCUAGCAGUUAUGCCUUUGUCUAGUACCAAGUAUUGAGGAAGAACAUAUACCUCUGAUCUUGCAGCCCAAGCAUACUGUUCCACAAUCAAAAAUGACAGCUGGGAAAACAGAAGAGCUGCUUUUGUGUCAAAAACACCUCCUCAAAAAUAUGUGAAUUGGGAUAUUUUGGAAACAUGCUUAUUCAGAAUUUAAAUGUCCUCAGAUGGGUGGUCCAUCUAGCUGUCUAUCAGAUCGAUUUUUUUCCUAUCUAUACUAAACAUUUGCUGCAUUUUCAGAUUAAAGUACUUACAAAGGUGUUCAUUGUCUUUCUUUUAAUAAUGGAAAAUGUAAUAUGGAAGAACAUGAAUAAAAUUGGUAUCACCUGUUA